AUGGUCAAGGAUGCUAUUCUCCAAUUGAAGGAACGUAGUGGAUCCAGUCGUCAAGCUAUUAAGAAGUACAUCCAAUCCACUCACAGCAUCAGUGCUGCUAACUUCGACUCUUUGUUGAAUGCUGCUAUCAGAAAGGGUGUUGUUUCUGGUGAUUUUGUUCAACCCAAGGGACCCUCUGGUCCAGUCAAGCUUCAAAAGAAGGAGGUUGUCAAGCCUGCUAAGAAGCCUGUUGCUAAGAAGACUGAAACCAAGCCUGCUGCUAAGGCCAAGGCUAAGACUACUACUAAGCCCAAGACCGUCGCUAAGAAGCCUGCCGCUAAGAAGACUGAGAAGAAGCCUGCUGUCAAGGCCACCAAGGCUAAGGCCACUGCUUCAAAGGUGAAGAAGGCUGCUCCUAAGAAGAAGGCCACUGCUACCAAGGCUAAAUAG